AAUAAAUAUAAAAGAUUAUACACAGAUUAUAAAAAGUGUAGAGUUUGCCAUACUAGUGGAUGUGACUUUUAUUUUGACAACGGAAAUCUUGAGUUUACGCGACCGUAAUUUUCGCCUCGCAGUGAUGACGUCACCACUACGCGCGUUCUCUCACUUCAGUCAACGAAGUCCUCUGAGACCUAAUGGAAGACAACAAGGAAAGUGAAGAACUGAGAGAAGCAAAGGAGAAACAUCACCAUGUCAAAACUGGUGAAAAAUAUUUAAGUAACUCACAGACUGAAAACAAUUUAUUGAAAAAAUCUUUCACUUGCCUUCAGUGUGGGAAGAGUUUCACAGAAAGAAGAGCCCUUAAUCAACACAUGACAGUCCACACUGGAGAAAAGCCGCACACAUGUGAUCAGUGCGGGAAGAGUUUCGCAAAAAGAAAAGUUCUUAAUGAACACAAGACAAUCCACACUGGAGAGAAGCCGUACACGUGUGAUCAGUGUGGGAAGAGUUUCGCAAAAAGAAGAGCCCUUAAUGAACACAUGACAAUCCACACUGGAGAGAAGCCGCACACAUGUGAUCAGUGUGGGAAGAGUUUCACACGUGUAAGUGCUUUUAAUUUACAUGUGCAUUCUCAUUCUGGAGAAAAACCAUUUACCUGUGAUGUGUGCGGUAAAACAUUUUUUAGGGCACGUACACUGAAGGACCACAUGAAUAUUCAUACACAGGAGAAGCCUUACAUGUGUUCUUUCUGUGGAAAUAGUUUUAGUCUGCUGCGCAACUUAAAAGUACACCAGAAAAGACACAGCGGUGAGAAGAAUCAUGUGUGUUUUGGUUGUGGGAAGAGCUUUUUUACAGAUGCUGAAGUGAAACGGCAUCAGAGGAUCCACACUGGAGAAAAACCUCACAAGUGUUCACACUGUGACAAGAGAUUCAGUCGAUUAAGUUCUCUGAAAACACACAAGAGGAUCCACACUGGAGAAAAACCUCACAAAUGUUCACACUGCGACAAGAGAUUCAGUCAGUCUGGACAUCUGAAAAUACAUGAGAGGAUGCACACUGGAGAAAAACCUUAUAAGUGUUCACACUGUGACAAGAGUUUCAAAUGGUCAGAAUAUCUGAAAAUACAUGAGAGGAUCCACACUGGAGAGAAUCCUUACAAGUGUGAACACUGUGACAAGAGUUUCAGGCAGUCAGGAAACCUGGAAAAACACAAGCGAAUCCACACUGGAGAGAAACCUUACAAGUGUUCACACUGUGACAAGAGUUUCAGUCAGUCAGGAAACCUUAAAAAACACAAGCGAAUCCACACUGGAGAGAAGCCGUAACACUGCCCUCCAUGUGGGAAGACUUUCACUCAUUUAUCUUCUUUACUCAGUCAUACAAAAACAAAUGUUUGAAAUCAUUGUAAGUUCCCCUUCAGAUCCAGCACAUUCAAAUGUGAUACUGUCCUGACCAAACGUGAUCCAAUAAAACAUUGCGCUUAAUGAAAUGUAGCAGGGGUGUAUUUUAGUAAAUGAUUUUGUAAUUCCACUUGCCAUGACCAUAAUUGGGGUUUCCUGCCGCCAUGCUGACUUGGGGGAGUUGGCGCACUUUGCUGCUUCCCGGUCUGCAUGUGAUGUCAAAGCGGUCCCAGACAGCAACAUACUGUCCCAAAUCUGGUACAUGUGGAUCACACGUGGACCAGAUUUGGGCCAGAUCUGGUCCGACACUAUGUUGCUGUCAGCCGUAGGUCGCAGAAAGUUUUGUGGUGAUUCAAUUAGGGCCGUAUUUCAUGUAACCAUUGAAUUCACAUGAUAUAUUUGUAUGAUUGUGAUUCAAAGCCCCUCUGUGAUGUACAUUCAGAUGUUUUGUUGAUUUCCAAGUGGUGUAUAUUUCCACAUUGGUGUAUAUGCUGCACAAAGUCAUGGGUCAAGAGCUCAACUAAAGCAAACACUGUUCUCCUCAAUGAUGACAUCAAACCAAACAUUUUUAAACUACACAUCUAAACUAGGGAUGCACCGAUCCGCCUUUUUCGCUUCCGAUACCGAUACCGAUACCGAUACGUGGGAUUCAGUAUCGGCCGAUACCGAUCCGAUAUUCAAGUAAGAAGAAAAGUGCUAAAUUACCUAAUAAACUGUAUGCCUUACUUAGGGCUGUGACGGUCGGCAUGACAACCGCGCCACCGCGGUCGUGGAGUGUUCAGUCUCCAGAAUAAAAUGAAAACGAUGCGUUUGAUUACAUGCACCCAG